AUGGACUGGUCACCCCCAGUCCCCCGCAACUCCUCAGGGCUCCAGAGCCCCUGCAACAGGAAGCCACAGAAUGGUUCUCUCAACCCAGGUCCCAGAAUGGACUCUGAGUAUGAGAUGGGCCACAUUCGCAAGCUGCAGGCCCAGCACACACGGAUGCAGGAAAAGACUUUUACCAAUUGGAUCAACAACAUCUUUCAGCACGGCCGUGUGGGCAUCAAGAUCCAGAACAUUUUCACAGAGCUGAGUGAUGGUACCCACCUACUGCGGCUGCUGGAGCUCAUCUCAGGGGAGGCUUUGCCACCUCCCAGCAGGGGGCGCCUGCGAGUGCACUUCCUAGAGAACAACAGCCGAGUGCUGGCCUUCCUCAGGAGCAAGGUGCCAAUACCCUUGAUUGGGCCAGAGAACAUUGUGGACGGAGACCAGACACUCAUCCUGGGGCUCAUCUGGGUCAUCAUUCUGCGUUUCCAGAUUUCCUGCAUCUCCCUGGACAGGGAGGAGUUUGGGGCCAGUGCAGCCCUGCUGUCCACCAAGGAAGCUCUGCUGAUCUGGUGUCAGAGGAAGACGGCCAGCUACACCAACGUGAACAUCACCGACUUUUCCCACAGCUGGAGAGACGGGCUCGGCUUCAGUGCCCUCAUUCAUACCCACAGGCCAGACCUGAUAGACUACAGCUCCCUGCGCCUGGAGCACCCACUGCACAACCUCCACCUUGCUUUCCACGUGGCAGAGCAGGAGCUGGGCAUUGCUCCACUGCUGGACCCUGAGGACGUGGUGGCCAUGCAGCCGGAUGAGCGUUCCAUCAUGACCUACAUCUCCCUCUACUAUAACCACUUCUCCCGCCUGCACCAGGGACAGACUGUUCAGAGGAGACUAGCCAAGCUCCUGCUUCAGCUCCAGAAGACAGAGGAGCUGCGGACCCGGUACCAGCAGCUGGUAGCCGACCUGCUGCACUGGAUUGCAGAGAAGCAGGCACAGUUAGAGGCACGGGAUUUCCCAGACUCACUGCCUGCCAUGAGUCAGCUCCUAGUGGCCUUUGCCUCCUUCCGCACCCAGGAAAAACCACCACGGCUACAGCAGCGAGGAGCCACUGAGGUCCUGCUCUUCCAGCUGCAAACAGGGCUCCGAGCCCAGAAGUGCAGGCCCUUCCUGCCUUGUGAGGAACUGAGCCCUGCAGAGCUGUCCCAGCGCUGGGCAGGUUUGGAACGGGCAGAGGCUGCACGAAGCCAAGCCUUACAGCAACAGCUGCUGCACCUGGAGCGGCUGGAGACAUUGGCCAGGCGCUUCCAGCGAAAGGUGGCUCUCCGGGAGAGCUUCCUGGUGGACACAGAACACAUACUCAGUCAGGUGGGAGUCCCACUGGCCAGCCCAGCCAUGGUAGAGGCAGCUGCUCAGAGGCUGAGUAUGCUUGAGGCUAGCAUCCUGCCCCAGGAGGGGCGCUUCCAAGCCCUAGCUGAGAUGGCAGACAUCCUCCGGCAGGAGAGGUAUCACAGCUGGGCAGAAGUGGCCUGCAGGCAGGUGGAGAUCACACAACGAUGGGAGGGGCUCCUUCAGCGUCUCCAAGGGCAGAGGGAACAGAUGACAAGCACCCAGGCCAUGCAGAGCCUGCUGCAGGAAAUCGAGGCUGCCUCUGACCAGCUCAAGGAGCUGCAGGUGCCAGUCAGCUCUACAGCCUGUGGGCAGCAGCUGGCAGAGGUAGUAGAGCUGCUGCAGAGGCAUGAAUUGUUGGAGGUCCAGGUCUCUGCCCAUGGAGCCCGCGUGAGCCACCUUGUCCAUCAGACCAAGCUGAGCUCCGCUACUGGCAGCAGUGUGGACAGUGUGGAGAUACUGAAGGCCAAUGCCCAGCAGCUGGUCCAGCUCCACCAGGGCCUGGUGUCUCUAAUCAGGGUCCGGCGCCAUCAGUUGGAGCAGGCUCUGCAGUGGACAAAGUUCUUGCACAACUGUGAGGAGGAGGAAUCCUGGCUGAGUGAGCGCACACAGCUGGUGGAGAAGGUGGCCCUGAGCCGGGACCUCUGCCAGCUGUCAGCCGCUGUGAAGAAGCAGAAGGCACUGGAAGCCGAGAUCCGCCGCCACCAGGGCGUGUGCGCUGACCUUUCGCAGAGGGGACGUGACCUUGGCAUUCGGGGACCCCCAACGCAGCCAGAUCCCCGGGAGCGAGCUGAGGCAGUGCAGGACGCAUGGCAGCUGCUCCGGACCCGGGUGACAGGGCUGGGUGCACGGCUCCAGACAGCUCUGCUGGUCCAGCAGUACUUUGCAGACGCGGCAGACGCUGCCUCGUGGUUGCGCGAGCAGCGGUCCCUACUGGACAGCAUGUCUUGCCGGCCGGACCAAGCGGACGCCGAGACACUACUGCUGCACCACCAGCCGCUACAGCACACCCUGCACGCCUUCGGGGCAGAGCUACAACAGCUGGAAGAACAGGCCCGGGUGGCCGCGGCCCGAGCGUCGCUCGCGGUACAGGCGGGGUCUGCCCUGGGUCCUCAGGGGGAAGGCCCAAGGAAGCAGGGAGCCUGGUGUUCAUCUGACCCUGACUUUGACCCCAAUACCAUACUGGAGACACAGGACCACUUGAGGCAGGAUUAUGAAGGGCUGCAAGCCCUGAUGAAGCAUCGCAGGGCCGGACUAGAAGAGGCGGUGGCCCUGUUUGGCUUCUACAGCUCCUGUGGUGAAGUCUUGUCCUGGCUGGAGGACCAGACAGCUCUGAUCCAGAUGCUGCAGCCCCAGGCUAACAACUUAGAGAUCAUGAAGCUGAAAUAUGAGAACUGUCUUGCCACCCUGGCUGUGGGAAAGAGUCGCUGGGCUGAGGUCAACAGCUCCGCUGAGCAACUGCAGCAGAUCCAUCCUGGGGACUCCACACGAAUCCAGCAACAGCAGGAAGAACUGAGUCAGAGGUGGAGACAGCUGGAGGCCCUGACAAAGGAGAAGGAGAUGGAACUGGCAGGCAUCGCAGAUGUGUGUAGCGCUCUGCAGGAGUGUGACUCCAUCCAGGACCAUCUGCAGGACCUGAGACUUCAACUGGAAGCCCAGGAGCCCGGGAGCUCAGGGAGCAGGACACACAUCCUACAACAGAAGGUGCUAGUGCUCAAGAGGAGGACCCACCACGUCCAAAGUGUGGCCAUAAAGGUAGAGGAGUCAGGCCCCACAGAGAGCUGGGCCCUGAGAGACCGGGUGAAGACACUGCACGGGCUGCUGAAGCAAGUGCAGGGGCAGGCGGUCCAGCAGACUCAGGCCCAGGCCGAGGCUCAGGCCCGGCACAGCUUCCUGCAGGAGAGCCGGCAACUGAUGCUCUGGGCAGAGGGUGUCUGGGCUCGGCUGCACAGUGAGGAAGAGGCAGUGGACAUGGCCUCAGCCCAGAGGCUCCUGGCGGAGCAUCAAGACCUGCUGGAGGAGAUCCACCUGCAGCAGGAAAGGUUUCAGAAGCUGGAGGCUCAGGGCCAGCACCAGGCAGCCUUAGACUCCCCAGGUUCCCAAGAGGUGACGAGUGCUCUGGGGCUCCUGGGCCAGCAAGGCAGAGAGCUGAGGGCUGCCUGGGAGCAACGACAGCGGCAGCUGCAGGAGGGGCUGGAGCUGCAGAGGUUUGGCCAGGAAGCAGCUGGUUUCAUUGCCAUCUGUGCCAACCAUGAGACCUUCCUUCAUCUGGACCACCUCUGGGAGGAUGUAGGGGAGAUCCAGCACCUGCUACAGCGGUCUCAGGAGUUUGAGCGGCUCCUGAGCAUCCUGAGCCCCCGGGCAGAGGCUCUGCAGGCACAUGGCCGGAAGCUGGUUCAGAGCCAGCACUCUGCAGCACACACGGUCAGAGAGCAGCUGCAGAGUGUCCAGGCCCAGUGGACCAAGGUCCGGGAGAGGAGUGAGCAGAGAAAGAAGCAGCUGCUAACUUCCCUCCAGCUCCAGGAAUGGAAGCAGGAUGUGGCAGAGCUGAUGCUAUGGAUGGAGAAGAAGAAGCUGAUUGUAGCAGAUGAGGCCCCUGGAGAGUCCAGGAACAUCCUGCGGAAACUCAGAUGGCACAAGGCAGUUGAGAGUGAGCUGCUGGCCACUCACAGGCAUGUGGAGAAUGUGGAACAGGUUGGGAGAGAAUUGUGGCACCAAGUGCCCUGUGCUCAGGAGGAUGUGCAGGCCAGGCUGCGGGACCUGAGUUGCAAGUGGAAGGAGUUGAACCACAAGAUAGCAGAGUGUGGGGACAAGCUCCGGCAGGCCAGACAAAAGGAGCAGCUCUUGGAGUUGCUACAGGAGGCCAAAGAGAAGAUGGAGCAGCUAGAGGGGGGCCUGCAGACUACAGCAAUGGGGCAGGACCUGCGCUCAAGCCGGGAGCUACAGAAACAGCACCGCCAACUGGAGGACAAGAGCCAGGCUCUGGCCAGCAGGGUGGCCACCCUCACCUCCCAGGCCGGCUGCAUGCUCAAUUCCCAGAGCUUCCUGGAGGAAACCCAGACGUGCCUCCAGAGGCUCCAGUCCCUGCAGGGUCGCCUGGCCACUCGGCACCUGCAGCUGCAGGCCUCAGUUGAGCUGCACCAGUUCUACCACCUGAGCAACCUGGAGCUCACCUGGGUGGCUGAGUCCAUGCUCAGUGCCAGUUCCAGCAGCUACGCCAGGUGUUUGGAUGAUGCCCAGCGCCUUUGCUAUAAGCACAAGGUGCUCCAGGCUGUGGUGAAAGCCCACCAGAGACAGAUGCAACAGGUGCUGGUCUUUGGACAGAGCCUCGCAGCCUCUGGCCACCUCUAUGCCCAGCACAUCGGGGAGCAAUGUCAGAAGCUUAAAGGGUGCUGGGCAGAGCUGGAGAAGGCGUGUGUGGCACGGGCCCAAUGCCUGCAGCAAGCUGUUGCUUCCCAGCAGUAUUUUCUGGAAGUGUCAGAGCUGGAGGGCUGGGUGGAGGAGAAGUGGCCACUGGUAAGCAGUCAGGACUUUGGCAGAGACGAGACCACCACCUUCAAUCUCAUCAAGAAGCACCAGGCCCUGCGACAGAAACUGACUCUUUAUUGGAACUUCAUGGAGGAGCUUGACCACAGGGUCCACACUCUCAGUGGCCCCGAGGCCCCUGAGCAGGUGUGUGUGACACAGGAGAGGCUCUGGAAGCAGCUGAAGGCCCUGCAGGAGGUGGCAGCACAUCGGGACCGGGAGCUGGAGAGGACCCUGAAACUGCACGAGUUCAUGAGGGAAGCUGAGGACUUGCAGAGCUGGCUGACCAGCCAAAAGCAGAUGGCCAGAGGAGAAUGCCCCGGAGAGGACUACGAGCACGUCCUGCACCUCAGGACCAAGUUUGUCAAGUUUCAGCACCAGGUGGAGAUGGGUGGUCAAUGGGUGGCUGCCUGCCAGCAACUGGCAGAUAGUCUACUGGAGACUGGGUCUAGAGCUGCCUCCAAGGUCCAUCAGAAGCGGCAGGACCUACAGGCUGCCUGGUCAGAACUGUGGGAGCUGACCCAGACCCGAGGCCGCCUGCUCCAAGAUGCUGAGAUCACCCUCAAAGUUCACACAGAUCUGUGGGAAGUGCUUACCCAGAUCCAGGAGAAAGCCACGAGCCUCCCAGAUGCUGUGUCCCAGGACCUUCAUGGGGUGGAGGCCCAGCUGAGGAGACAUGAGAGACUAGAAGGGGAGCUAAUGGGCACUGAGAAGCAGGUGCAGAAACUGCUGGAGACUGCAGGCAGGGUGCAGAAGCUAUAUCCCGGGCCUCAGGCUGAUGCUGUGCAGUGGAGGCAGCAGGCCAUGGUGCAAGCUUGGGAGGCCCUGCGGCUGAGCAUGGAGCAGCGCAGGGCUCAGCUAGAGCAGGCAUGCCUCCUGGCCCGCUUCCAUGCAGCGGUGCAGGACUAUACCUCAUGGGCAGCCAGUGUGCAGCAUGAAUUGGAGGUAGAGGAGAGCUUCCAGGACCUCAGCAGUGGUCCCCUAAAGCUCAGUGUCCACCAACGACUUCGGGCCGAGCUGGAGAUCCGGGAGGAGCUACACCAGCAGGCUGUCCAGCUGGGCCAGCAGACACUUCUGACUGCAGGGUCGUCCACCAAGGAGGUCCAGGAAAAGCUGCAAGCCUUGCAGGAUGCCAGGGAGCAGGUAUUCCAGGCCUGGGAGCAGAAACAGGAGAAACUGCAGGUCCUGCAGCAGGAGCAGCUCUUCCUCAGAGAAUGUGGCCACCUGAACACAACCCUCCACGCCCAGGAGAUUUCCCUGAAGACCAGUGUCCUGGGUUCCUCCCUGGAAGAGGUGGAGCAAUUGAUCCGAAAGCAUGAGGCCUUCCAGAGAGUGCUGACUGCCCAGGACAAGAAGGAGGCGGCUGUACGAGAGCAGGCGAAGGCUUUCCAGGUCCCCAGGGUGCAGGGCUUGCUGGGUGAGAUGCUGGAGCUGCGGGCUCGAGUGAAGGACUUGGCAGAGAGCCGGCGAGGAGCCCUGCACACCUCUCUGCUGACAGCUGGCUUCACCUGGGCAGCGAGCCAGACUGAGGACUGGAUCAAGGAGCGGUCCCAGAAACUGAAGGAGCCUGCCCCUGCUGGGGACCUGAAAAAUAAGCUGAUGCACCUGCAGAAACACAAGGCCUUUGAGGCUGAGGUCCAGGCCCAUGAGGAGGUGGUAACCUCUGUUGUCAAGAAAGGCCAGGCUCUCCUGGCCCAGAGGCACCCUCUGAUGGGGGAGGUGGAGCAGAGGCUGCGAGCACUGCAGGAACACUGGGAGUCACUAAGACAGGCAGUAGUGCUCCGCGGCCAGGACCUGAGGGACACGCAGGGCGUCCUGGAGUUCCUGCGAAGAGUGGACCUGGCAGAGGCCUGGAUCCAGGAGAAGGAGGGGCUGCUGAAUCUUGGUGACCUGGGCCAGGACCUUGAGCACUGCUUGGAGCUCAGCAGGCAGCUCUGCAGGUUACAAGGAUCCUUGGCUGGGGACAGAGUGGACAGCACCCACAUUAGGAGCAUCAAUGACUUGUCGCUGCAGCUCAAGAUCCGGGACCCUGACCAGAUCAAGACCAUCUACCAGCAUCGAAACCAGCUUAACAACAGGUGGAACAGUUUCCAUGUUAAGCUGCUUCAGUAUCAGCAGCAACUUGAAGGGGCCCUGGAGAUACACACAUUAUCCUGUGAGCUAGAUGAUGUCACCAGGAGGAUUAUGGAAAAGAGCACCCUGGCCGGGGACCUGGACUUUGGGAAAGAUCUGGAGAGUGUGGGGAGGCUGCUGCGUAAACACAAGCAGUUGGAGCAGGAGAUGGGCCUCCUCCAAGCCCAGGUGGAGACCAUGGAGCACAAGGUGGCCCUGCUCUGUCAGAGGAACCCUGAGGCAGCCCAGAGCCUCAGCCUAAAGCAUCAAGAGAUGAUGGACAGCUGGUGGCAGCUCCAAAGCAGGGCCCAGAAUAGGAAGGAAUUGCUGGAUGCCUCCCACCGAGCUCAGACACUCCAGACAAAGCUGCAGGAAUCGCUGCUGUGGGCCCGGGCGCUGCGGGCUGAGAUGGACAUCGGGAGCCCUCCCAGCAGCAUUGCAGAAGCCCAGCGUAUGUUAGAGGAGCACCAGGAGCGAAAGGCUGAGCUGGACUCCUGGACACACAGCAUCAGCCUGGCCCGAAGCACUGGGCAGCAGCUGCUUACAGCUGGGCACCCAUACACCCCCAACAUUGGCCAGGCUCUGGCUGACUUAGAACAGGAGCUGAGCAACCUGGAGGGGGCCUGGCAGGAGCACCAGCUACAGCUACAGCAGGCGCUAGAGCUGCAGCGGUUUCUGAACUCUGUGGAGAAAAUGGAACGGUGGUUCUGCAGCAAGGAAGCUUUCCUAGCCAGUGUGGACCUGGGGGACCCUUUGGCCAAUGUGGAGACCCUCCUGUGGAAGUUCAAGGUGCUCGAGCGGGGCCUGGAGGCUCAGGUGGAAAAUAUGAGCUCACUGGAGGCCGCAGCCCACACUCUGCACCGAGGUGGACACCCCGAGGCCCAGCGCGCUCUGGACAGGUGCCAGGCUGUGCUCCUGAGGAAAGAGGCACUCCUGGAGCGAGUCGGAGCCUGCCACCACCAGCUGAAGGAGCUCCGGCAGCUGCAGACAUUUCUGCAAAAUUCCUACCAGGUGGCUGUGUGGCUGACGGAGAAGAACCAAGUGGUUCUGGAAGAGAGCUGGCAGGACCCGGCCACGUUACAGACACAGUUGUGGAAGCAGCAGAACCUCCAGGCCGAGCUGGACUCCAUGAUGCACCAAGAGCAGAGGCUGCAAGUGGAGGGGCAGAGGCUGCUGCAGGAGGACCUCUGGGCCUCGGAGACCAUCCAGGUGCAACUUCAGGAGCUGAGCAAACUCUCGGAUGAGCUGCAGGCCAACUUCAGGAGGAAGGUGGCCAAGCUCCAGGAGGCCUGCAAGGCCCUGCAGCUCCGGAGGAUCAUGGGAGAACUGGAAAGCUGGCUGGAGCCUGUGGAGGCUGAGCUUCAAGCCCCUGUUGGCGGAGAGGACCUUCCUGGAGUGGGCGAGCUCCUGCGAGCACUGGGAGACCUGGAGGCAGCAGUGGAUGAGCAGGCUCGACAGGCACGGACCCUGCUGGCCCAGGCCCAGUCCUUCAUCGGGGAAGGGCUUUGCCUUAAUGUGGAAGAGCAGGCCUGGCUGCUACUUCAGAGGUUUGAGAGUCUGAGGGAGCCCCUGCAGGAGCGCAGGGCAACCCUGGAGGCCCGAAGCCUCCUCUACCAGUUCUUGAGGGACGUCAACGAGGAGAUGGCCUGGGUACAGGAGAAGCUACCCCUGGCCACAGCCCAGGACUAUGGUCAGAGCCUAAGCGCAGUGCAGCACCUACAGAAAAAGCACCAGAACUUUGAGCAUGAGAUGCGCACCCACGAGACCCUGGUCAAGGUGGUGGUAGACACAGGGCACAAGCUGGUGCAUGCUGGGCACUUUGCCACCUACGAGGUGGCUGUCUGGGUGCAGCAGCUGGAGAGUGCCAUGGGCUGCCUGCGGGCAGAGGUGGAGCGGAGAAGGCUGCGGCUGAGGCAGGCUGAGGAGGCCCAGCAGCAUCUGACAGAGCUCCUGGAGGUGGGAGCCUGGCUGGAGGAGCAGGCCUGUGUCCUGGACAGCAAGGACAUGGGCCAGAGUGCUGAGGCCACACAGGCCCUCCGACGACGUCUGGAGGUCACCAGGAGGAACCUGGAGGGUUUCCACACACGCAUGGAAAGGCUGCAGGAGACAGCUGUGCUCCUAGAGAGCACGCAGAACCCAGACAGCCCCAAGGUACUGUCCCAGCUGCAGGCUGUGAGGGAGGCCCACACACAGCUACUGAGGGGAGUGGAGGCACGGGGGCAAGGGCUGCAGGAGCAACUGCAGCUGCACCAGCUGGAGCUAGAGGCUCGGCUCCUCAACUCCUGGCUGGCCAGCAAGGUGGCCACCGCUGAGUCCCAGGACUUCGGGCAGGACCUGGAGGGCGUCGAGGUGCUGGAAGAGAAAUUUAAUACUUUCCAAAAGGAAGUCCAGAGUCUGGAGCAGGCCAAGGUGCAGGCCCUGAGGGAGCUGGCGGGCUCCCUGAAACAGAACAUACCCAGGUGCUCUUCCCAGAUUGAAGCCCACCAGAGCAGCAUCGAGGCCACCUGGGAGAGGCUGGAGCUGGCAAUAAAAGCCCGCACAGAGAAGCUGGCUGCAGCCCGAGAGCUCCACAGCUUCCACAAGGUAGCAAGUGCGCUCUGGGGCUGGAUGCAGGAGAAGGCGGCCGAGAUGGAGGGAGCCAGCUGUGGUCAUGACCUGGCAUCUGUGCAGGCCCUAAAGCAGCAGCACAGCUGCCUGGAGAGAGAGCUGGCAGCUGUGGAGAAGGAGGUGGCUAGGAUGGGGAUGGCGGCUGGCCAACUAAGCCACACUGCAGCCCAGGAGGGCCUGGGCAAGCGGCUGGCUGAAGUGCAGGAAGCCUGGGCCACUCUGGACAUGAAGGCCCAAGAUCGGGGUCAGCUGCUGCAGUGGGCUGCCCUGGGCCACACCUUCCUCGGGCGCUGCCGGGAAUUGCUCUCAUGGGCUCAAGAGAGGAAGGCACUGGUGUCCUCGGAAGGGCUGGCGGGGACAGAGCCAUUGGAGCAGGAAAUCACUGAGCUCUGUCUUCGAGCCCAGGACGUGCAGCAGGAAGGGCAGCAGCUGCUGGAGAGCAGCCACUUCAUGUCCACAGAGGUCACAGAGUGUAUGCAGGAGCUGGACAGGCAGCUCCAGGGGCUCCGGGAGGCCUGGGCCCUGCAUCAAGAGCGCUGCCAGGAGAGCCAGGGCCUGCACGAGCUGCGGCAGACACUGGACCAGGCCGAGGCCUGGCUAGCCUUCCGGGAGGGUCUCCUGCUGGACCCCAACUGUGGGCACUCGGUAUCAGAUGUGGAAUGGCUACUCCAAAGGCAUCAGGAGUUAGAAAAGCAGCUGACGGCCCAGGAGGAGAAGUUUGCUCAACUCCAGAGGCCAGAGGCAAAGGCGGCAGGAGCCCAGAAGGGAAGGGACUGUGAGGGUGAGGGCUCCCACUCUUCAGCCAGCACCUGA